UCUUGUUUCUUUACUUAGUAGCAAAAUGUCUCAAGCUACCUAAAAAGAACACAAACACAAACAAGUGUCAAACAGCAAAAAAAACAAAAAAAAGGAAAAGCUGUCAGUUUUGAAUUUGUCGUGGAUGGGUGGGAAUUACCAUAAAAGAUGUAAAAAUAUCAAUAGGCAGAGAGAGACACAGGGGGAGACAGACUUAAAUGAAAAGACGUGAGGCUUGGUUUGAUUCACACAAUGACCAGGGCCAAUAGGAAAAACCCUCCCAGUCUUGAGGAGGGAAGAGGAGGUGGUGGGGAUUCAAACUAAGGCAGGGUUUACAGUGAGUCAAACACUCUGCAAAGACAGACUGUCUCCGCAGCGCUAAGAUACAGGCUUACUGUGACUUCAACCUGGAGCUUCUCUCUUAAACCUGAGGACAUGACUGAAACCAGGGAGUUAGACAGACACAGGAAGUGAGAGAGAGAGAUACUAAUUUUCCAGGGAGAUGGAAAACUGAUCGUGUGUCCAAGACUUUGAAUCUUUAGUAGGUGGAAGAAGGGGGAAAAAAAAGAGAAGCAAGGACGAGCCGAGCCUGAGGAUACUACAGAUUAUGUUGCCAUGGAAACCCAAACUUGGAAGCGGGCUCAAGGACCAGUGAAGGUGGACGACCAUCCUUGACUCCAUCCUUGACACAUUACUGCACACUGUGGUGAGAGAAUGCUGUGGAGAAUAACUAUCCCAGUCAUACUGGCUGGUGUGCUCUGCAUCACCGCCGAGACCAAAAAGCUUCGGCCCCAGGGAUCCAUCCCGUCCCCGCACAAGACCAAAGGGAACCUGUCCUCAGAACGUAACCACCGGCUACUGCAGCAGAAACCAGAGGUGUUAUCCUCCAGCAGAGAGGCCUUGGUGGUGACAGAGCGCCGCUACCUCCGCAGAGACUGGUGCAAGACCCAACCCCUCCGCCAGACAGUCAGCGAGGACGGCUGCCGCAGUCGUACUGUGGUCAACCGUUUUUGCUACGGCCAGUGCAACUCCUUCUAUAUCCCCCGUCACAUGGGCCCUAGCUCCAGUCAGAGCCAGAGCAGAGGCCAGGCCUCAGGGUCAGGAAGGAAAAAGCACAACAAGGCCCAGGAGCCGUUCCAGUCCUGCUCCUUCUGCAGGCCGCACCGCAUCACACAGCUCACAGUGCAGCUGGACUGUCCGGACCUGCAGCCACCGUUCAGACACCGCAAGGUGCUACGGGUCAAACAGUGUCGCUGCAUGUCUGUGGAAGUGAGCAGCCAUGGGAAACUGUGAAGGAGGACUUCAAAGGUCUUUUAAAACCAAAGGGACAUCUGAAUAUCGUCAAAAGGCAGAUAUUCAGAAACUUUGCCAAACAAAGACUGGCUUCAAGUUGAACUAUUCUGCAUCCUGUUGACAAAUAAUGGCCUGUCACACAAUGAAAUGACAUAAAACAUGGAACUGAUAUUAUUAAACAAAGGCCAACAUUGAUUUAAUCAGAGAUGUUGGGGAGCUGAUGCUGAGACUGAUCCAAGUGGCUGUGUAAGAGACACUGAGGAUGAAGCAGACUGAAUGCUCCUCCUGUUAUUUGACGAAACUCAUAUCUACCUGCUAUUUGAACAUUUGUUACUAGAACCCUUUGUGAUAAAGUUGUGUUUGAAGCAGUGCUCAGCCAGUCAUGACAAUCAGUCAUCCUGUGGAGACAGACACACAUCGUUCACAUCCACCUGCCAUUUGUAGAUUUGCUACAAGAUUCUUUUGUGAUAAAGAAUGUGACUCUUGUUUCAUGACACACUAUGUGCACCGUCAGAGACCAUGCUGAUGAUGAGUUGCCUAAAAGAAAAUAAAGUGUACCCUGUGAACCCUUUAAGAUAUUUUUGUAAGAUGACAUGUUUUGGUCUGCAGUAAUUACAGUUUAACAACAAUAUUUUUUAAAUUAAUUGUUUUAGAAGAAUUGUAUCUGCUCUUCUGUAUCUUUUCCUUCACUCACAUGAUGUCACCGAUGAUGAUACACAAGACAGGAAGUCAAGAAACAUGAAGCAAAACAGCAAUGACCAGUGGGAUCUACGUGCUUGGACACGAGCCCGGCUGUAUACUGUACUGUACUCGCCACUCACCAGCAUGAAAACAUAGAACAGCAUGUGUAAUCGGGGUGCAAUGCAAUAUAUACAGUAUAUAUGUUUUAUGUAUGUGUGUAAGUAUGUAUGUAAAAAAUAUAUUAAAUCUAUUUCAUAUAAAACAGCGGUGAAU